UACACAGGACCAAGUUAUAAUGAGAUUUACUGAUCCUGGCUCGCCAGUUCACUAAUUCGGCGAAAGCGUCGAGGAGGAAGACAACGUUUUGCACUCCCUAACGUCAGCGUUUCGUCAUAUUCUUCCGACUGCCAUCAGUCAGCUAGUGGUAGAUCUGUUCACUAGCAAACUGACCGCGGAGUGAUAAUUAUAUAAACCUCUCACAAAUUGUUCAGUGCCGUUAACUCUGCGUCCGGGUGACUCUGAAAUCCGUCUGUAUGCGUGCUGGCUGGCUGCGCCUUCCACAGUUACUCCAAUGAUCGCGCGCACUUAAUACAAAGUUUAGUAAAAACAAACAAACAAACAAACAAACAACCCAACAAACGAGAGUGUACCAGCCUGAUGUGGAUAUUUUCAUGAAACAUUCUCUGUUUUGUCUCUUGUGGACUCUUUCGGGACAAAUUAGAUCAAAAACUUUGGAUAAAUUCCUCGAGAUUUGCUGCAGGAGGAUCAAAUGGCGUUGACCUUCCAGUCUGGUACCUUGGCUGUGUUGAUCUGUCUGGUUGUGACAUCAUUAUCAAGUGCACACAGAUGCGACAGUUGUAAGGAGGGAAACGCUUUGUAUCCAGGGUGCUUGGCAGUCUGUGGCCCCAAAUCGACACAUAAGAAGCGUAAUAUGCCAAGUGAUACCAACUUUGGUGCCUUCAUUCAAGAUCAGGUUAUGAAGCGGGGCAUAAUGUCGUCAGAUACCUGUGACCUGGAGGACGUCUACCUUGCUGUCCCUCCAUCGUGCUACGAGAAACUAGACUGGCUGGUCCUCAAAGCCCAGGAAGCCGUUCUUGCCGAGUAUUACUAAGGAAGGAUGCAAGUCGGAAUGGCUGACAAUUCAUAAUUCGACAAACAUGCUGCCAUUUAAAACGACAGUGGACGCUAUCAUUUGCAGACUUUUACAGACAUCUCGAAAUGAGCCUUCGUUUCGACUGACGUUUUAGUUAAUUAAAUGAGUCGCAAAAGUAGAGGAAAAUCUCCUUUUCAGUAAAGAGGCCUUAGGUGAAGUUAAAUGAUAGAUUCUAUGUUAUAUUUUAGGUUAAAUGGUUGUAUUGCAUUUUACAAACAUUAAUUAUGACCUUUACAAAGUCUGACAGUAGAAACUUAAUUAAUAAUAUGGUCCGUUUCCAGGUGCUUGCUUGUUAAAGAAAUCAUAGCAUUUAAAGUUGUAGCUGCUAAUGUUGAGGUGAUUACACGCUUACCUUGUUUCUUGAUAGUUUGUUUGGCCGGUAUUACUGAAAUAAGUGCCUUUGUGAAUUAUAGUACAACAUACCAAAACUACCAUAUGUACAAAAAAUGUAGCUGACUGUCUGAAGUGAUUUAUGAACAGUACAUUAGCAUUGGUUUGGAACAAACAUAAAAGGCCAGAACGCAAAAAGUCACUGUGUGUAUACUUUUUUUCUGAAGCCUUAUCUCUGAAUUUUAUGCCGGAAAUAUUGAAUUCAUAAACGUGAAAAGUCGCUCGGGUUCCCCUUGACAAUUAGCAUGGUCGUUGAAAUGCAGUCAGUUACAGGUAAAAGACUGUAUAAUUGAUACACGUUGGAUCCAGUCAUUUGUCACAUGCUCUUGGUUCGCUGCGCUGGAAAUUUCCAAACGUGUCUGCUUUGAUGGACUGUCAUGAUGAACACAAUUAUUGCGCAUUAGUUAAGUUUUACAAACCAUCACUUGUCCUUCAAUGUUUUUUAAUAAUCAUGUUCGGGUCGUUUAUUACACUGUUUUAAUCGCCAAAUACUUCUGUGCGGAUAAACAUUUGCAUACAAACAUGCGAUGGCCCAACUGCCUAAUCGUUCAUGAGAUCGUGUGGAAAAAGUUGCCAUGUGGAGUGGCGCUCUCCCCACCCUGCCGAGCUGUGAUGGUGUCAACUGAUAAUGCAAAUUGAGUACCGUUCUGUUUGGGAAAGGGUACCCGGGGAAUGCAUGUUUGCCCAUGGAAACGCAUUUUAAACAGAUGGUAACGUCACCUUCGGUCGGAAGGAGAAAUGGAGAUGUUAGCGGGAAAGAUCCGGCAGAGCUGUACGAGAGAAAGGCCAACUCCAGACUUUGGAGCCUAAAUGGCUGUUCAGUGUGUGUGCAAUUAAAUAUGCAGCUAUUUCUGAGCUGAUUGUCCAUGUGCACUGGCGUACAGUCCAUCAUUUUGGUUCCAACAACGAUAUUGAGACACUUGUGUCUCAGUUUUCUUUAUAAUAAGCAGCUCCGGGAUCCAGAAUUUUCGGGGGGGGGGUCACACCCGUCAUUUUUUUAAUGUCCGAUUGUUGUGAACAGGCGGACACGGGCAAUGCUUUACAAUGUUUAAAUAAUCCUCACAUAAUGUCAUCGUUUCAUUAUUAUAAAAACAACUGCUGUUUCAUUUUUUUUAUUUAUUUGUAUGCCGUCCCCCAGCUAUCCACACCCACCUGCGCCAGACCCCUCAAUUAAGGAAACAUUAAAAAGAAAUGAAAAGAAAAGAAAAAUGAUAACAGGGGAAUGGAAGACAACAACGAUCUAGAAAAUCACCAGAAUCCAUAGGAUGCCUCGGAGUUGAACCCCUUUUCCUAUUGAUCUUCUUCUGAUGUUAUUGUGUUUUGCCCUCCCCUACUCCCCAAAGUGGACUGAGCCCCUUUCUCACACGUGAUACAUUAUAUAACAGAAAUAUGACCAAAACAAAACUCACAUUUUUUUCUUCUUUUCGCUUUCAUGUCGUAGUUAUAGGCUAUACUAAUUCCUUCAACUCCUUGAAUCCAUCUGCAUCAGUGGCAGAACCUUUGAGUUGGUUUUCAUACGAAUAUAUUGUGUGCAGCUAAUUGAUGUGUCGGAUCUGUGCCGCUGUGUGCAUUCGUUUGUUAUGCUAAUUUGUACGCAUGUAUUAAUAAACCAUUGCAAGCAGAAAAAAGGGCAAUGA